GUCAAAAAAAGAGACGCGUUUAAUUAUAAAUGAAAACUUGAGCGAAAAAAAUCUUGUGUUAAUUAUCUCCAUUACUAGCUGAAAAAGUCAAUAAUUCAAAGAAACUUUACUUUAUUUAAAAUAGAUAUUACAGAUUUAAACAAGAAAUAUCAAGAUAACUAUGGCCCGGGAUCUUUCGCCCUCUACGGAGACGACAGAUAAAAAUAAAGAUGUUAAAGACAGCAAGGAAGGUAUAAAAGGCAGUAACAACAAGGUGAGUUCAUCCUCGAAUUCUAAUCGUGGAAGAGAACGUGAUCGCAGAAGACGAGGAAGUGCUUCUUCAAGCAGUGAAUCGAGUGACAGCUCUUCAGAUAGCAGCUCAUCACGUAGCAGUUCAGGAUCGCGAUCAAGUUCAUCUAGUUCAAGCAGUUCAUCAUCUUCAUCAUCGUCAUCUUCGACUCGUAAGAGUGGCUCGCAUUCUCGCUCUCGCAGUCCACCUCCUAAACGUCGCGAACGUUCUCGUAGUCCGCCACCAAAGCGUCGUGAACGCUCACGUAGUCCGGCUCUUAAGCCCAGGGAGCGUUCUCGCUCACGGUCUCGCAGUCCUCUACCCAAAACCCGUGAUCGAACACGCUCUCGGUCUCGCUCACCACCACCGAAACGCCGUGAACGUUCCCGCAGUCCUGCAACGAAAACUCGUGAGCGAACACGUUCAAGGUCCCGCAGUCCAUUAGGUAAAACCAGAGAACGUUCACCAACUCCAAAGCCCACACGUAUACAUAUUGGCCGAUUAACACGCAACGUUACCAAGGAACAUGUUGUUGAGAUAUUUAGCUGCUUCGGAGAUGUGAAAAAUGUUGAAUUUCCCACAGACCGUUUUCAUCCAAAUUUUGGACGAGGCAUUGCCUAUGUGGAAUAUGCUACACACGAGGAAUGUGAAAAUGCCAUAAAACAAAUGGACGGUGGUCAAAUUGAUGGACAAGAAGUGAAUGUUUCGCCUGUUCUAAAUCCGAAGAUGAGACAGCCGCAACGUCGCCCAUCGCCGAUAAAUCGCAGACCAAAUGAACGUUGGCGUUCUCCACCACGAUUCAACCGUUUUAAUCGUAAUAACCGAAAUCGUUCACCCCUUCGAGGCGGUCGUCGUUCCCCCCGCAGACGUUCUCGUUCACCCAUUCGCAGGCGUCGACGCAGCAACAGCUCAGACAGUUCUCGUUAAGAUUUUCAUUACUUUUAUAGAUAUCAAAACGAUGAAUCAACAUUUGGAACCAACCUACAAAAAAACAAAAAAUCUUUUUUUUUUUUAAGAAAUUGACUUUGUGGUUGCAAAUCUUAAACACAGAAUUGUGUCUUUCAAUAAUUUUACUACAAUUUUUUUCUGAAUUAUGCUUAUGUAAAAAUAUACAAGAAAUAUUUAAACUUGUAAUAAAUAUCAAUAAAUUUUAAUUAAA